AUGAGGGAUCUUGAUUCUGGAGGCAACGAGCGAUCUCAAGAUCCAGAAAGAUCUAUCGCCAUAGCAGCAGAUCUGGAGACAUCGGCAUGGACGAGAUUCGAUCACAUGGUAUCUACAGGAAAGAUCACAUACGGUGCAACCGCGGGUGAGACUCUGGAAGAUGAAGGAUUCAAGUUUGAGCUCCGGCUCGCACCAGCACUGCAGAAGAAACCUAUUACCAAAGCCGAUGCUCCAGAACGAAAAAAGCCGACGGGUAAGAACCCAUUUCUCGACCCAAAUCCGGACGAGAUCUUGUCGUCUGUGGGGAAGUAUCAUACGCUCUUGCUGAACAUUUACGCCUUCUACCGACCCAGUGUAUUGCUCAUCACAAAAGAUUUCAUUCCACAGGACGAUCCCCUUGAUAACCGUGACUUGAUUGCCGCCUGGGCUGUCCUUCAGAACUUCUCACGGGAGCAGUACUUCAUGAUAUACAACUGUGGUUACAAUUCAGGAUCGAGCCAAGGACACAAGCAUAUGCAACUCUGGCCGUACCCGAAUGAGAAAGAAUUGGGGUUUGAAUUGUUCCCGAAAAAGGCUCAAUCGGAAACCGUCGUCUCAAAGGACAUACCAACAGUGCCUCUCAAGCAUUUUGUGCUGCGACUCCCGCCGCAUGCCAAUGCUGCUGCCGUGAUUGAUGCCCACCGCCGGCUUCUCCAAGAAGUCCGACAGAUUCAACAGCAGGCAGGAUCUGGACCGGCCCACAAUGUUAUUAUAACUAAGGACUGGAUUUGCUUAAUUCCACGUCGUCACAGUGGAUUUGAGCGAGGAGUGGGAAUCAAUUCUGCGGGAGUCCUGGGCCUUGCCUGGGCAGUCAACGAAGACGAGAAGAUGGCUUGGCUGUCUAUCGGUGCUGCUGAAUUGCUUAGAUUUGUCGGAAUACCAGUCAAUGCAUAG